AGCCAACGCUAGUCGAACUCUACUUUUAUGGCGACUCAAUACUCAGUGGCCUCCACUGGGUCAUAUAUGAAGGCCAUGCAAGCGAUGGUGGAUGCAUUGGAGAAGCUGGAUGAAGCUGCAGAAAAAUUGGCCACCCCAAAGAUUGAUACCGAAGAACACCAAAUUGACCUCAGCUAUUUUGAUAAGUUUGAUGAUAUCUAUCUAGCUGAAGAAAUCAGUGACGAAAUUUCAGAUCUCGAGGAUUUUGACGAAGCCAAUGAUUCAAAUGCGUACGAUUCUUUUGUUAAAGAAUGUGAAAGAAUCGCUGACUCUAGGGAAGACAUCAGCAAGCUAGAUUUGAUCGACUCAAUUAUUUCCACAUUGUCUACAGAAAGUUCACCAGAUAGCUUGCAGUCAUUACUUUUUGAUAUUUUAGGCUUUGAAGAGUUUGAUCUGAUAUCGACGAUCAUAACAGAUAAAGAUGCGAUACUUGGUGAUAUGUCUAAAGAAUCUGCCCAACCAAAGGCUCAAAAAGAGUUUUUUUCUGAGAGAGACAUUAGAAAACAAGUGAAACGGAAUCAAACCUUAGCUAAGAAGCAAGAAUUGGCUCCAGCAGAAACUGUUAAGAAAUACCCAAAUGUUUACAAGGCUUUCGAUGGUGGUAAUACGAUGGCGUUCAAUGGGCAGAAGUUCACUUUGCCGGUGGGUUCAACAAGAGAGAUGCACGAAAACUACGAGGAGAUAGUUAUACCAACUCAAGCCAGUAAAAGACUGAAGAAAGCCCAUGAGAGACCCGUCUUUAUAAGCGAUCUUGAUACACUAUGCCAAGGUACGUUUAAAGGGUAUACUUCAUUGAAUCGUAUGCAGUCUUUAGUUUAUCCUGUUGCUUACAAUACAAAUGAGAAUAUGCUAGUUUGUGCUCCAACAGGUGCUGGUAAGACUGAUGUUGCGUUGUUGACAAUUUUACACACAAUAGGACAAUUUACAACAGAGACUGAAGAUACAAUAGAUAUUGAUUACAGUGAAUUCAAAAUUGUUUACGUUGCGCCAUUGAAAGCGUUGGCUGCUGAAAUUGUGGAAAAGUUUAGCCAGAAAUUGGCAUGGUUGGGUAUUAAAGUUAGAGAGUUAACAGGUGAUAUGCAAUUGACAAAGGCAGAAAUUCUGACAACUCAAGUUAUUGUUACUACCCCUGAAAAAUGGGAUGUUGUAACACGUAAAGGGAAUGGUGAUAAUGAACUGGUAUCAAAAGUUCAGUUGUUGAUCAUUGAUGAGGUUCAUUUGUUACACGAAGAUCGUGGUUCUGUCAUUGAGACUCUAGUGGCUCGUACUUUACGCCAAGUUGAAAGUACACAAUCAAUGAUUAGAGUGGUUGGUUUAUCGGCUACAUUACCCAAUUUCAUUGAUGUUGCAGACUUUUUGGGAGUCAAUAGAGAAAUUGGUAUGUUUUUCUUUGAUCAAUCUUUCCGUCCUGUUCCAUUGAAACAAGAACUGAUUGGUGUCAGAGGUAAAGCCGGUACUAGACAGGCCAGGGAAAACAUUGAUAGGGUCUCAUAUGAUAAAUUAAUUGAAGAACUAAACAACGGGGCUCAAGUUAUGGUAUUUGUUCAUUCGAGAAAAGAUACUUUCAAAACUGCCAGAACCUUCAUAAGUAUGGCCCAGGAAAAUAAUGAACUGGGGGUUUUUGAUUGUACUGAUUCAGAAUCUCAUGAUAAAUUCACUCGUGAGAUGGGAAAGAAUCAUAACAAAGAUAUGCGUGAGCUUUUCCAAUACGGGUUUGGUGUUCAUCACGCAGGUAUGUUGCGUACUGAUCGUAACUUGACCGAAAAAAUGUUUGCAAGUGGUGCUAUCAAAGUUUUAUGUUGUACUGCUACGUUGGCUUGGGGUGUGAAUCUUCCUGCUGCUGUUGUUAUUGUUAAAGGUACUCAAGUCUAUGAUUCGAAAAAAGGUGGAUUCGCAGAUUUGGGAAUUUCUGAUGUUAUCCAAAUUUUCGGUCGUGCUGGUAGACCUCAAUAUGAGAAGUAUGGUACUGGUAUCUUGUGUACAACGAGUGAUAAGUUGGAUGACUAUGUGAGAUUGUUGACUUCACAGCACCCUAUUGAGUCUAAGCUAUCGGAUAAGUUGGUGGAUAAUUUGAACGCUGAAAUAUCCUUAGGUACAGUUACCAAUGUUGAUGAAGGUGUUAAAUGGCUAGGAUUUACUUACAUGUUUGUUAGAAUGAGACAGAAUCCCUUUGCUUAUGGUAUUGACUGGAAAGAACUAGCUGAAGAUCCACAACUAGUUGAGAGAAGGACACAGCUAAUCAUUAGCGCAGCUAGAAGGUUACACCUAUUGCAAAUGAUUAUAUUUGAUGAAAGAUCAAUGCACUUUGUUUCAAAAGAUUUGGGUAGAAUUGCUUCUGAUUUUUACUUGCUGAAUGACAGUGUUGAAAUUUUCAAUCAAAUAUGCAGUCCAAAUGCCACUGAGGCAGAUAUUUUAUCAAUGAUCAGUAUGAGUAGUGAAUUUGAUAGUAUAAAGUUUAGGGAAGAAGAAGCUGUUGAGUUGACUAAAUUAUUGGAAGAUAAAGCUAAAUGCCAAAUUGGUGCUGAGUUAUCUACAGCCCCAGGGAAGACAAACAUUCUUCUACAGGCAUUUAUCUCACAAGCUUCAAUUAAUGAUUCUGCAUUAUAUUCAGACUCAAACUAUGUUGCUCAAAAUUCUAUCAGAAUCUGUCGUGCCUUGUUUUUAAUUGGAAUCCAUAGAAGAUGGGGUGUUUUUGCUAAAGUUUUGCUAUCAAUUUGUAAGUCAAUUGAAAGAAGAUUAUGGUCAUUUGAACAUCCUUUAAAACAAUUUGAUUUACCACAGCAAAUCAUAAGAAAUAUUGAAGCUAAGAACCCUUCUACUGAUGAUUUGAGACAAAUGGAUUCUAGAGAGCUUGGUGAUCUUGUUCAUAAUAAUAAGAUGGGCUCCACCCUGUACAAAUUAGUGGGAAGAUUACCACAUAUUUUGAUUGAUGGUGAGAUUUUUCCAAUUACAAGAAAUGUCAUGAGAGUACAUGUCACAUUGGAACCUGAUUUUGCGUGGGAUGAGAAAUAUCAUGGUAAUGCACAAAUAUUUUGGGUAUUAGUUGAGGAAUCUGAUAAGUCCCAAAUUUUGCAUUUUGAAAAAUUCAUUUUGAAUAAAAGACAAUUGAAAAAUCCUCAUGAAAUGGAUUUUAUGAUCCCAUUGGCAGACCCAUUACCACCUCAGAUUGUCAUUCGUGUUAUUUCUGAUAGCUGGAUCGGCUCAGAAACUACACAUAGCAUUUCCUUUCAACAUUUGAUCAGACCUCAUAACGAGACUUUGCAAACUAAACUUUUGAAGUUACAACCACUUCCAGUUACUGCUUUGCAUAAUCCAAAAGUUGAAGCAAUCUAUUCACCAAAAUUCAGAUAUUUCAAUGCUAUGCAAACAAUGACAUUUCACACGCUUUAUAAUUCCAACUCAAGUGCUUUUGUUGGUUCUCCAACUGGUUCAGGUAAAACUGUUGUUGCUGAAUUAGCUAUAUGGCAUGCUUUUGAUGAAUUUCCAGGGUCAAAAGUGGUAUAUAUUGCUCCUAUGAAAGCUUUGGUUCGAGAAAGGGUUGAUGAUUGGAGAGAAAGAUUAACUGCAAAGACUGGUCAUAAAGUUGUUGAAUUGACUGGUGAUUCCAUUCCUGCAGCAAAAGAGGUUAAAGAGGCCAGCAUCAUUAUUACAACACCAGAGAAGUUUGAUGGUAUAUCACGUAACUGGCAGACACGUAAGUUUGUCCAACAGGUUUCAUUGGUUAUUAUGGAUGAAAUCCAUUUACUAGCCAGUGAUCGUGGUCCAAUCUUGGAGAUGAUUGUCAGUCGUAUGAAUUAUAUUUCAUCUCAAACUAAAAACCCAAUUCGUUUAUUAGGUAUGUCAACUGCGGUGUCUAAUGCUUUUGACAUGGCAGGCUGGUUAGGUGUUAAAGAAGGCUUGUUUAAUUUCCCACAAUCUGUCCGUCCAGUCCCAUUAGAGAUGUAUAUUGAUGGGUUCCAAGAUAAUUUGGCUUUCUGUCCAUUGAUGAAAACCAUGAAUAAGCCUGCUUUCAUGGCUAUCAAAGCUCACUCUCCUACCAAACCAGUUCUAAUUUUUGUUGCUUCACGUCGUCAAACUCGUCUUACAGCUUUAGACUUGAUCCAUUUGUGUGGUAUGGAGGAUAAUCCCCGUCGGUUCUUAAAGAUGGAUGAAUUCGAAUUACAAGAUGUGUUGGCUGAUGUUAAAGAUGAAACUCUACGGUUGGCAUUGCAAUUUGGGAUUGGUUUACAUCACGCUGGUCUGGUUGAUAGUGAUCGUAAGAUUAGUCACAAGUUAUUCCAAGCCAACAAAAUUCAAAUUUUGAUUGCCACUAGUACUUUAGCUUGGGGUGUCAAUUUACCUGCCCAUUUGGUUAUUAUUAAAGGUACUCAAUUCUUUGAUGCCAAAAUUGAAGCCUACAGAGAUAUGGAUUUGACUGAUAUUUUGCAAAUGAUGGGUCGUGCAGGUCGUCCAGCUUAUGAUACUAGUGGUAUUGCAAUUGUUUACACAAAAGAAUCAAAGAAGAUGUUUUAUAAACACUUUUUGAACGUUGGUUUCCCUGUUGAGUCUUCACUACAUAAAGUUCUAGAUAACCAUAUUGGUGCAGAAAUUGCUGCUGGUACAAUCAAGACUAGACAAGAUGCUAUGGAUUUCUUGACAUGGACCUUCUUGUAUAGAAGAGCUCAUAAUAAUCCUACAUAUUAUGAUAUCCAAGAUAUUUCAACAGCAGGUGUUGGUCAAUAUUUAUCUAACUUGAUUGAUUCAACUAUUGAAAGUUUGAAAGAGUCAAGUUGUGUUAUUGCUGGUGAAAAAGUUUUAACCCCAACUCCUUAUUUGACUAUCUCAUCAUAUUACUAUCUUUCACAUUUAACUAUUCGUAAUUUGGUCAAUCAAAUUACCAGUGAUGCUUCAUUCAGGGAUUGUUUGAGAUGGUUAGCUGAGGCAACAGAAUAUAAUGAGUUACCAACAAGACAUGGUGAAGAAUUGAUGAAUAUGGAAAUGUCUGCUCAAUUACGUUAUCCAGCUGAAGAUUUGGUUGAUAAGCCAAUUUGGGAUCCCCAUGUUAAGACUUUCUUAUUGUUACAGGCCUUUAUGAGUAGAGUUGAUUUACCAAUUGCUGAUUACUCUCAAGAUACUGUUUCUGUUUUGGAUCAAGCAUUACGUAUUUUACAAGCAUAUAUUGAUGUUGCUUCAGAGCUUGGGUACUUGAAUACUGUUUUGAUGUUUAUCAAGAUUAUGCAGUGUGUUAAGCAAGGGUGCUGGUUUGAUGAUGAUCCCGUCUCAGCAUUACCUGGGAUUGACUUACAAUCCAAAAAUGAGAAUGGAAGUAAACAUUUAACCACAUUAGCUGAACUUGGAACUUUCCAUGGCAGAAAACUGGAUAAUUUCACAAAAAGGUUAAAGGUUCAUGCGGAAUUCAAAAAGGAUUUGAUCUAUAAUGUCUCACAUUUACCUGUUGGUGAAUUUUCCAUUCUUCAAGACUCACCAGAAGAACUACAUGUUUCUUUGCAACAUACAAAUCCACCUGUCAACCCUGAUUUCAAAAUGUUGUGUGCUAAGUUCCCAAAGCUACAAAAAGAAUCAUGGUUUGUUAUUUUGGCUGAUAGAACUAACCAAGAAUUGCUUCUCGUUAAAAGGGCUGCUCCUGUUAUUCGUAAAGGUUAUUCAAAAGGUAUUGUGAGUUGUGAUCUAACUAUCCCAGAAGAUCUUCAAGGGUUGGAACUAGAUAUCAUUAUGGUUUGUGAUGCGUUUGAUAUCACUUAUAGUAAACCCAUCAAGUUAAUAGAGUAG